UCGGUCGUAUUUUACGCACCAAGAAUCCCUCCGCGGAGGCUGCGGAUGAAUGAACGCGUAUUGUAUUGUUUGCUUUGUUCAUUUUUCUUCUCUCUAUUUUGAAAGAAAAAACAUUUGCGGACUGCUUUGGCGUUUGCUCGAACGCGGCGGCUGUGUCAAGUUUCUGCUCUAAAACGAAGUCCGGCGCGCAUCCUGCAGCUUUGCUCCUCUGCGGGCUGGCAGCCCCCACAAGUAGAAUCCGUGGAGAUUUAUUUUGGUGGUUCUGUGAUUACAACAGAAACCUCAAUUGGUCCCUGCCCUAACAAUCGACUUUUUCUCCAUCGCAUCUCCAACUGCUUCCUACCUGUAAAAACAACCAAUUCGUAACCCCCUCUUCUUAUUUUGUGUGUUUUUAAUGAAAGCCGAGACCUAUUUAUCUAAAACCUUUUCUCUCUCGCCCCCUCUCCCCCACCCCCCAAAAAAAAAAAAAAAAAAAAAAAAACAGAGAGAAGUGAAAAGUCCGCUCCUCUUCUGAAGCUUCCAACUUCAAACACCCAGCGAGAUCUUUCAGAAACUGUUGCAAGAAAGGAAGCAACACGAGCAAUGGUGGAAAUGAAAUUAGCGUAGCGGCUCGUCUUCCAAUUCUUCCUGUCCCGCAGGAGCCUCCAUCAACAAAGGCCACGUGAACUCAACUCAGACAAGAGAAUCCUCACGCCGCCAUGUCGCCGCAAUGGCCGGCUCCGUCUUUGGGACCUUGCGUCUCCGUCUCGGUCCUGCUGCUGGCGCUCCCGGGGGUCACGCAGGUGUCCCGAGGGAGCGCCGACCACCGGGACAACUGCACCGGUGAAGAUAACUGCUCUGACGGCGUGGUGCUGCCCAUGUGGAAUCCCCAAAACCCCGUGGUGGGCGAUAAGGUGGCCCGAGCCAUCGUUUACUUUGCGGCGCUCGUCUACAUGUUCCUGGGCAUGUCCAUCAUCGCCGACCGCUUCAUGUCUUCCAUCGAGGUCAUCACGUCUCAGGAGAAAGAGAUCACCGUCAAGAAGCCCAACGGUGAGACGACCACCGCGACGGUGCGCGUCUGGAACGAGACCGUCUCCAACCUGACCUUAAUGGCCUUGGGCUCGUCAGCGCCGGAAAUCCUUCUGUCCGUCAUCGAGGUGGUGGGCCAUAACUUUGAAUCCGGAUCUCUGGGACCGAGCACCAUCGUGGGCAGCGCCGCGUUCAACAUGUUCAUCAUCAUCGCCAUCUGCGUCUACGUGGUCCCGGAAAACGAGACCCGCAAGAUAAAGCACCUCAGGGUGUUCUUCGUCACCGCGGCCUGGAGCAUUUUCGCCUACAUCUGGCUCUACCUCAUCCUGUCCGUCUUCUCUCCCGGCGAGGUGGAAGUCUGGGAGGCCGUCCUCACCUUUCUUUUCUUCCCGCUCUGCGUGCUGCAAGCGUGGAUGGCGGACCGCCGCCUGCUCUUCUACAGGUACGUGGGGAAACGCUAUCGCGCCGACAAGAACCGCGGCAUCGUCGUCGAAUCCGAGGGCGACGCCAUGUUCGCCAAAAUGGACUCUGAGACGGACGGCCACCCCAAAGAGGCCUCGGACGGGAUGCCGGAGGGCGUGGAGGAAGGUGCGGAGCAGGACCAAGAGGAGGAAGCUCGCAGGGAGAUGGCUCGCACCCUAAAAGAACUCAAGCAGCGGCACCCCGACAAGGACAUGGAGCAGCUGAUCGAAAUGGCCAACUACCAGGUUUUGGUACAGCAACAGAAAAGCCGAGCCUUCUACCGCAUCCAGGCCACGCGCAUGAUGAUCGGCGCCGGAAACAUCCUGAAGAAGCACGCCGCCGACCAAGCCAGGAAGGUGGUGAGCUGCCACGAGGCUAGCGGACAAGAAGAGGACCCCAACACCGUCUACCUGCAGUUUGACCCCUCCCACUACCAGUGCUUCGAGAACUGCGGCUCCUUAAAGCUCUCGGUGAGCCGGCACGGAGGAGAAGCCGGCUGCACGGUGAAGGUGGACUACCGCACAGAGGACGGGACGGCCAACGCCGGCUCGGACUACGAGUUUGCCGAGGGCACUUUGGUCUUCAAGCCCGGCGAGACCACCAAAGAGUUCAGCGUCGGCGUGAUCGACGAUGACAUUUUUGAGGAAGACGAACACUUUUACGUGCGCCUCAGCAACCCCCGCGUGGCGCACCGGGCCGAGGUCUCCGUCCUGGAGCCGCGCUCCCUGUCCUCCGGCGGCGCGGCGGGCGGAUCUUGCCGCGUCCCUCCCAAAGCCGCCCUGGGCGCCGCCCACACCGCCACGGUGACCAUCUACGACGACGACCACGCCGGCAUCUUUACCUUCGAGGGCAAGUCGACCAGGGUCAGCGAGAGCGUGGGAAACAUGCGGGUCAAGGUUCAUCGGACGUCAGGAGCCAGGGGCAAGGUCGCCGUGCCUUACCACACCGUCGAGGGCACCGCCAAGGCCGGAGAGGACUACGAGGAAGUGUCCGGCAAGCUGGAGUUCCAGAACGACGAGACCAUGAAGCUGCUGGACGUGAAGAUCAUCGACGACGAGGAGUACGAGAAGAACAAGACCUUCAGCAUUAUUUUGGAAGAGCCCGUUCUGCUGGAAGUGGGUCAGAGACACGGAGACAGCAACGAUAACAAGACGCCCGUCGGGCCGGAGGACGUGGCCAAGAUGGGUUGCCCUUGUCUGGGGGAGCACACGAGCCUGGAGGUGGUCAUCGAGGAAUCGUACGAAUUUAAGAGCACCGUGGACAAGCUGAUCAAAAAGACCAACUUGGCCCUGGUGGUGGGCAGCAGCAGCUGGAGGGAGCAGUUCGUCAGCGCCGUCACCGUCAGCGCAGGCGACGACGACGAGGAAGAAAGCGGCGAAGAGCGGCUGCCCUCCUGCUUCGACUACAUCAUGCACUUCCUGACGGUGUUCUGGAAAGUGCUCUUCGCCUUCGUCCCGCCCACCGAGUACUGGAACGGCUGGGCCUGCUUCCUGGUGUCCAUCUCGCUCAUCGGCGUCCUGACGGCGGUGACCGGCGACCUGGCCUCUCACUUCGGCUGCACGGUGGGCCUGAAGGACUCCGUGACCGCCGUGGUCUUCGUGGCCUUGGGCACGUCGGUCCCAGACACGUUCGCCAGCAAGGUGGCCGCCAUCCAGGACCAGUACGCCGACGCCUCCAUCGGGAACGUGACCGGCAGCAACGCCGUCAACGUGUUCCUGGGCAUCGGGGUGGCGUGGACCAUCGCCUCGGUCUACUGGAAGAGCGGCGGCAAGAGUUUCAAGGUGGAGCCGGGCUCGCUGGCCUUCUCCGUCACGCUGUUCACCGUCAUGGCGCUGGCGUGCGUGCUGGCGCUGCUCUACCGCCGCCGUCCCGCCGUCUCGGGCGGAGAGCUGGGCGGCCCGCGGACAGCCAAGCUGCUGACCUUCUUCCUCUUCCUGUCGCUGUGGCUGGUCUACAUCCUGCUGUCCUCGCUGGAGGCCUACUGCCACGUUCCGGGAUUCUGAGGACGGCUUCGGGGUUUUCGCCGGCGUAUCCAUCCCAGCUGCGUGGCCGUCUUUAAGUUGGCUUUUGACAUUUUUAUGAUAUGACUUUCGAUACAAUUUGUAUACGUAAACAGACAAAACAAUACAAAGGAAAGGAACUUGCAUAAGUGCAAAGAUCUCAGCCGAGGGAAAUGUAGAGCGACGCGUGCGUUUAUUACUUAGCUUUCCGAUAAAUAUUCAUCUUUUAUCACGUAACAGAUCAAGAACGUACGCGCGAACGAUUUUUUUUCUUUGUUUCUCGGGAAUCUCUUUGAAAGUGAAGUGCGUAACGUUUCAACAAUGAUGUGAUGUGACGUGAAUCUCGCCAGAAACCUUUCGGCGCUCUUCAUCGGUGUCACGUUUGGUGUUUGUCUUGGCGAACGUGCAAUUUCUUUAAACAAUUUAGAAAAUAAUACAUGAAGGUCUUCGAGGGCAGAGUGGCUGCUUUCCAACUGUUUACAAUUUGAGCGUGUCACAACAAACUGGUCAAAGGCCAUCUUCUCGUCGUUUGGCAAAUGUUGAGUCAUAUUUCUUAUUGCACUGACACUGUGAUCAUUUGCUAAAAUCUUUGUGUC